GUUAUGGUUUUCCUGGGCCUAAAACAAAAUGACGGCUGCCGCGAAGAAAAUGUCUCCGGAGAAGGGCAGCUCAUGGGCAACCAAAUCAAAAUCAAGUAAGACCAACAAAAUUGAAGUUCUCCGGGAACUUGAGCAGCUAUCGCAAAAAAUUACUGCAAUGGAGCGUGAAAAAUCCACCCACCUUUAUAACAAGAGAAGUGACUUUAGGAAGGAAUAUUGUCCAUUAGAGGAAAUGGAAAUGAAGCUUAACACAGAAAGGAAAGCAGAAAAAACAAAAUUAAAACAGCAAUUGAAUCGAAUGAGAGGAGUGGUCGACCGUUUUCAAAAAGAAUUACAAAAUGUCAAACCAACUCCUGAAUUUGUUGAAAAACUCAAAGUUAUGAUGGAAGAUGUGGAAAGCCACAUUAACACUUUUAAGGAGCAUCAAAAAACAAUCUACGAGGAGCUGAUGCGGGAUGAAAAGAUAUGUUGUCAGGAAUUGACAGCUCUAGAGAAGAGGUUUGAGUCAUGGUCUCAAGUUGCAAGUGCUCCAGUUGUAAAGACAAAAGUCAGUACUACAACUAAAAACCGAUCCAGUUCAACUACUAGCAACGCCGCUCAGAACCUUCCGCCAGAUGUUAUUGCAUUUGAGCGAUUCCUUCAACAAAAUGGUGGCCAUCGAGGGGAAUGGGACGAAUACGAUCAUCAGACAUUUUUGAAAAUUCGUGGAAGAUAUAAGGGAAAAUCAACAUUCAUUGAUGCAGCUGUAAAUGAAUUACCAAUACGCUCUGUGUCAGAUAUUACACAACAUGAAGGCUGGUACCAACAAUAUAUCACAUUCUUGGACAAGAAGAAAGAAGCAAUAGAGAAGUGGAGAUUACACAAAGAGGUUAAACGAGAUGAUUUGUUAUCAGUUGUUGAACCUGAGGAAAGUGAAGAGAAUGUGAAGAAACAACAAUCAAAAAUGAAAAAACUGGAAGAAGAACGUAAAGAAAGGCAAAGCAGAUUGAAUGCCUGGAAGGUUCAAAAAGAAUUGGAGAAAGCAAUGGAAGAAGAGAAAAAACAUGAAGAAGAAUUUAAAAGAGAAAAGGAAAGGGAGAGAGAAAGGAUGAGACAGAUCCAAGUAAAAACAAAGGUGGAAUCAUAUAUCCAACAAAAGCAAGUAAUAGAGGAACAAAGGAUUCUAGAAGGAGAAAUAGAAAAGGAGAAAAAAGAAGCUGAACGCAGACUAUAUGCUCAGCAAGAGAUCCUCCGAUUUCAAGAACGUGACCAAAAAAACUUGAACAAGAAAAUUAUCAAGGAAAAACAAAAGAAGCUUGCGGCUCAAGAAAAGGAACAGAGGUUACAUAGGUUAAAGGAAACAGUUGCAGUUAAUGUCGAUAGGGACCCUACACGCCUGUACCGCAUGACAAAGGGAUGGGAAGAACGAACCAAGGAACCUCGUCCUACAGGCAACUCACGUGUUCUACACAUACCCCACAGAGCUGUUCCCUCUUGGAGAAGUGGAUUAUGAUGUUAUAAAAUUGCAGUUUUCCUUAAAAAGUAAAUUAUUAUAAUUCACAGUCUAACAUAAAAAAAAGGCAUCAAAUAUUUUAACUGUUACCAAAGAUGUACAACUGUAUACAGUAAAGUAUUACCUUGGUAAGGAAAUGUGCUACUCAAAUCCCUUUGAAUGGUCUUGGAAAUGAGCUGUUGUUGGCUCCCAGAAAGGUUCAAAAAUAAAGAUCUCUCAGAGUCCUGCUUUUUAGCUCAUUUUUUACAGGUCAGUUUUGCCAACUUUCUGAAAUUUAUUCCAGUAUACCAAAUUCUUGAUUGCCUUUUAAUGUUUUUAAAUUUCCAUAGUGCAAUUUCAUUAUCAUCAGUUUUAUAAUCAAUAAUACAUAAAGCCUCCCAUGGCUGACUGGAAGAAUAUCAUUCAUUUAUAUUCUAGUCAGACUUACGUUUCAUGUGAUUUUGUACGGUAAUGAUUGAUUGAUUGAUUGAAUUUAUUUGGUUCAUAUACAUAAAAUACAAUAAAAAUGUGAACAAAUGAUAAGAAUAGUCUCAUAAAAUACAACAAUUAAAUAUACUAUGUGAACAAAUGAUACCAAGCAAGGAAAACAAGAGUUUUACAUAAUAAUGAAACUUAUUUCCAUCUAAAUCCUUUUGACCAUUAAAGUGAGACAGUUGAGACAUCUAAUUCAAAAUUUAAAUAUAAUUUGAAAGAUUAUGAAAAACUCAUUUUACACCGCAUUUAUAAAAUAUUCUUUAACUUUGUGUUGAAAGAGCUUAGUAGAGGUUGUGGCCUUUAGGGAAUCUGGGAGAGAAUUCCAGUUUUUCAUUCCGUUAUAAUAAAAACUCUACUCAUCAUAGUAUGAUAUCCAUCCUAAUAACAACCAUAUAAACUGGGACGUUGUGUGAAAAUUGACGUAUGCAGCAAGUUAAACGAAAGUGUAAUACCUAGAAUGGACAUACGUGAUCAUUGAGAUCUGGGGAUUAAGUACAUCACAGGAAGUUGUGGAUUGUGAAGAGGAAGACAUUUUAAAUUCUCACAUGUAAUUUAUUCCUGCUAGACUGUUGUUUGCAUAGGGUCUGUGGUAUGUUAUGGCCAUUGGUUGUCAAAAUGUAAACCAAGAACAGCAUUGCAUACCUUCUGACAUGGACAGUUGGUUUUAAAUAACUAUUUGUAUUUUGUUUUAAUUUUACCAGCUAUUACUCGAAUUUUAUUUUCUUUAUAUGCGUGGUAAAAUAUGGAAAUAAAAUUUAUAUUGAUGUCUUUGUUUCA